AUGCCUUCAACCAACCCAAAUGCCAUGCGAGACGAAUGUUGGAUUUCGAGCACUCAAGCGGAUAAAAACAGAAGCUUCAACUUUGCCGAUGAGUAUUUUUUGAAAAAUGAAGUCCUCACUAACAAUAACGGUAAUAAGAAUGGGCAAUCGCGAGAGGAGAGAGAAACACAAGGCCUCACGAGGAAAGAGUUGAAAAGAUCGAGAAGUUAUGGCGUGGGAGACUUCCCGCCUCCGAUUUCUUGUAUAGGAAAAUGCGGGAAGCCGUUUGUGAGCUUUAGGUCAUUCAGGCAAGACGGGAGGUUCAUUCUUAAGGAGAUAAGGAUCCAGGAGCUUAUGCACGUGCAACGUGAAAACGGGCGGUUGAAACUACAGUUCAUCCAGUCUGAUGACGAUGAUGAAGAAGAUGGAGAUAAUUAUGAUGAUGGUGCUAUUGGUGAAGAUGGAAAAGUGGAACGUUUUGAGAAGAUACAAUGA